GGUGGGCGGGGCGUCGCCAGGAAUCAGGAACAAUCCACAGCAGCCUGUGAUCGUAUCCGCUAAUGCUCAGCGAUCCUGGGCAUAGUGCGUUCCUCUUCAUAUACAUUUCCACCCAAAAGAAAUGCCGACAUGGGCUCUGCGUGUGAGAUGAACGCCGCGAUGAGUUUUUGGAGAAGGCUGUCUCUGUUUGUUUUGGUGAGCUGCCUCUGCUCCUGCCCGUGCAGAGCUGAAGAUAGUGCGAUGGAGAACAUCGUGACAGAGAAGAAGGCUGAAGAAAGCCACAGACAAGACAGUGCCGACCUGCUGGUGUUUAUCCUGCUCCUCACCCUGACGAUCUUGACCAUAUGGUUGUUCAAGCACCGCCGCUUCAGGUUUCUGCACGAGACGGGGCUGGCUAUGAUAUAUGGGUUGCUUGUGGGAGUUGUCCUGCGUUAUGCUAUUCACGUUCCCAGUGACUUGAACAAUGUGACGCUGAGCUGUAACGUCAACGCCAGUCCAGCUACGCUGCUGGUGAACGUCAGCGGUAAGUUCUAUGAGUACACCCUGAAAGGAGAGGUCAGUGCCAGUGAAGUCGAUGACAUUCAGGACAACGAGAUGCUCCGCAAGGUGACCUUUGACCCAGAGGUCUUCUUCAAUAUUCUCUUGCCUCCUAUCAUAUUUCAUGCUGGAUACAGUUUAAAAAGACGACAUUUUUUUAGGAACUUGGGCUCCAUUCUUGCCUAUGCGUUUGUGGGAACUGUGGUGUCUUGUUUCAUCAUUGGGUUGUUUAUGUACGGCUGUGUGAUGCUGAUGAAGCAGAUUGGACAACUGGGUGGUGAUUUCUUCUUCACCGAUUGCCUUUUCUUUGGUGCCAUUGUCUCUGCCACAGACCCAGUGACGGUUCUGGCCAUCUUCAAUGAGCUGCAGGUGGAUGCUGACCUGUACGCUCUGCUGUUUGGAGAAAGUGUUCUGAACGACGCUGUCGCCGUAGUACUGUCCUCGUCAAUUGUAGCAUAUCAGCCUGAGGGAGACAACACUCACACAUUUGAAGUCAUGGCCAUGCUGAAGUCCUUUGGCAUCUUCCUGGGGGUCUUCAGUGGGUCUUUUGCUCUUGGAGUGGCAACUGGAAUCGUAACUGCAUUGGUUACUAAGUUCACCAAGCUUCGGGAUUUGCCGCUGCUGGAGACGGCGCUGUUCUUCCUCAUGUCCUGGAGCACAUUCCUGCUGGCCGAGGCCUGUGGCUUUACAGGUGUGGUGGCGGUUCUGUUCUGUGGAAUGACACAGGCCCAUUACACUUUUAACAAUCUGUCUCCUGAAUCUCAGGACAGGACAAAACAAUUAUUUGAGCUUCUGAAUUUUCUGGCUGAGAACUUCAUAUUUUCCUACAUGGGCUUGACAUUGUUUACCUUCCAUAACCAUGUCUUCAACCCGAUCUUCAUAGUGGGAGCGUUCCUUGCUGUGUUUCUGGGCAGAGCAGCGAACAUCUACCCUCUCUCCUUCCUGCUGAACUUGGGCCGUAGAAACAAGAUAAGCCCCAACUUCCAGCACAUGAUGAUGUUUGCAGGUCUUCGUGGUGCCAUGACCUUUGCCUUGUCAAUCAGGGACACGGCCACAUAUGCACGGCAGAUGAUGUUCUCCACCACGCUGCUGGUUGUCUUCUUCACCGUUUGGAUCUGCGGUGGAGGCACAACUCAGAUGCUGUCCUGUCAGAAAAUCCGUGUUGGAGUGGACACGGAUCAGGAGAACUCUAUCGGCCCUGAUGGAGUGGAGAGGAGGAGCACUAAACAGGAAAGCGCCUGGCUCUUCAGGAUCUGGUACAACUUUGAUCACAAUUAUCUAAAGCCCAUUUUGACACACAGCGGCCCACCGCUCACUGCCACGCUUCCAGCUUGUUGUGGCCCUUUGGCACGCUGCCUCACCAGCCCACAGGCGUAUGAGAACGAGGGUCAGCUGAAAGACAGCGACUCGGACCUGAUCCUGAACGACGGCGACAUCACGCUGUCGUACGGUGACAUCACUGUGAGCACAGACGCUACGGGCGCUCACACGAGCGGGACGCCCAUCGGAGGAGUGGCCGUGAACUCUGACGAGGCUCUGGACCGAGAGCUGGCCUUCGGCGACCACGAGCUGGUGAUCCGAGGCACCCGGCUGGUCCUGCCCAUGGAUGAUUCAGAGCCCCCGCUGCCUCUGGACUCCCACCGGCAUCGGCACAAGAACGAAACCAUGAGUUGAACGGGAAGAGUCUCUUCUCUCCAUCACGUCUCAUCCAGAGCGAUCUCUCUCAGCACCUCUCCUGUCUCUGAAGUGGCUGGUUUGAUGUCUCUACCUCAUUCGUCACUCUUUUCUUUUAGGCCACCGCAGAAAUGUAAAUUAUUUAUUCACUUCUCAUCCGCGAGGCUUUUUUACUUUGUACGGCCGCUAACCAGAACACUUAGCAUCUGACAUCCCGGAUCGGAAGCAUGUUUCUCUGAGGUUAUCAUGACAGCAGAAUAAGCAUACUUUUAUUGUCUGUAAAGCAAGGCGUAAAAUUGCUGUGGCCUGGCCUGCAUGCUUAUUUGUGACGUGCGAGCGCUUGUUUAGGAGAUGCGAAGAGUCCGUGGCACAUUCCCGAUGCUUUCUUUUCUUGCCUUCUCUCUUCAGAGGCGUGCUGAUUUGUGGCUCUGCGUUUGCUGUGCAGUUACAAUCAAGUGCCUGUCGAAUGUAUCCCCCCCCUUUAGAGCAAAAUGACACUCUUUGCCGUCCACUAGAGGGAGGCCUUGUGUUUUGAUACGGUUUCGUUCGUCUGAGCUGUGCGGGCAGACAACAUUCACUCCGAGUGAUUGUGAUUGGCUGUAGAGAUGUGCUUGGAUCUUAUAUUGUGACCUUUGACUGUGAAUCUGUGAAGGUUUUUUACGCCUUGUUUUUUUUUUUGUUCCGCCCAGUCAGAAAAUAGAGAGCCAUUCAUACAGUGCAAUGUCUUUUUUUUUGUUGUUGUCGUCGCUGUAACAUUUUUCUAAAAUGACUAAGAAAAGAGAUUAUUUUCUUCUUUAUGUCCAUGUAGUUCAAAUCUUUUAAAGAACUAAAUGUGAUGUUUAAUUAAGAAUGUCUAGAAUAAAACACGUUUACCAUUGGGAUUACAAACCCCAAAAAAUGAAGUAAAAAUUGCCCGUACUUUUUGUAGUAGGGCCAUCUAAAAAAAAAAUAUUUUUAUUCCAAUAUUAUUAUUUUUUUGCAUGUUAUGUGGAGAAUCAUAACCCUCCAUGUUCCCUCCCAAAGUCUUUUUUGUGUGGUAGCGGUUUCUAACAAAUCAAAAACUCUUUUUCUGUCUAGAUGAGUGUAUAGAGUUGCACCGAUCCUUGUGAUUUUUUUUUUUUUUUUUUUUUUUUUUUUUUAGAAGAGCUACAGUAAUUCUGUAGCUCUUCGGAUUUUAGACUCCUUUUUAAGAGGGCUGAAUAAAUAAAAGAAAUUUUAACUUUAACUUUCACACCCACAGAAAGAAAAAAAAAAAAACAUUUGUAUUGUUUAGACUAAUGGUUUCAAGUUGGACAGGCAUCUGAAAAAAACGGAGUUGGAUGUGUAUGCAGUUAUGAACGCAGUGAAUUCAUUGGCAUUAGAGCAAGAUCUUUAUAUUUAGAACUGCAUCCAAAAUAGAACAUGAGGAUUAGAAUAGGUGCCUCAAAAAUGUUGAACUUUUUUCAUAACUUGACUUUUAUUUCAGAAUAUGUAAGGUGUUAUUUUAGAUUUGACGAGAGAAACGGCUCCAAAAACUGAUACUAAAGUACACCGAUUCGUGAAAGUGAAAGAUUACAUAUCCGCGGUUCAUUAUAUUGUUGGCCUCAUUGAUUCAGCUGUGAAAUAUAAAUAUACAUUGUGAAUUGGGAUGCAGCUGCCGACUUGUUCUUAAUUUUAAGAUGAAGUGAGAGCCAUAAUAAUGAAGGAACACUUGUAGAGGAGCAAACCGAUCUUUUCUGAAAUCCAAUCCGUGUGUUCGUAGUUUCUCUAUUGCUUUCUGUCUGUUCGUGGACAUUGUGAGAACCGCUGUUGUGUGGAUGUUUUCCGGCCAGGGUGGCAUCAUUAACUGCGGAGCAGGAAGUGUUGAUUAGACCCCACCCAGCCAGCAGUGUCCGUGUGCUGGAAAAUAACCCGCUGUGGUACGAGAGUGGCGUCAGAGGCCUUCAACACAGAUAUGUCCUGCUGGGCAGGAUCGUGUGAGAGGAGGCCACAGUAUUGUAAUGCACAGGGACAGUUUGUAUGUUUUAAUAGAUGUGAUAGUUAAGCAUUAUCAGCAGAUUUGCACUUUCAUUUUUUUUUUUCUUUAUUUUGCUUUAAGAAAAAAUACCUGAUGAAUACCUACUGUUUUUUUUUUUUUUUUUGUCAGAGCAUUAUGAGAUGAGCGAAUGAACUCUAGUACGGAUUAUGUGCUUUUUUUUUUUUUGGUCUUUUAAAUAAGAAACUCACACAUCCUGCAAAAUUCUGCUUUUGAGACGUCGAGGAAAAAGUAUUUAAUGUCUGCAGCAGAAUUUCUUCGAUAUUUGUAUUUGUUUGUAUUAGCAAAUGAGCUUAUUGGUACGCGAAUCUACGAGGUUAACGAAAAGGUACAGAAUAAACUGUAAAGGAUUCUGUGCAUUGUAAAGAUAUUGUUACAGUACAAAAAACAAAAAACAAAAUCUCAUUUAUUCGGGGGUGUGAUUACUUUGAAUAAACCUUUCUUCUUUUUUAACACUUGUGAAAUCUACGCUCCUCCAGAAUUACUUAAAACACGAACAAUGAGAGUUUGAGUGUACGACUAAACAGACCUGUGCGAAGUAGCAGAAUCAAGUUGGAUGGGCUUUAAUGGUGGUAAAUGUGCUGUUUGUUCUGGUACGUAGCUGUGUGUUAGUCACACUAUGUGCAGCUCUACUCUAAUGUGUUGCAGGUACUGACUGUUUACAUCUGUGUACAUAUUCUCAUCUGUUCAUGUGCGUGCAAUGGUCAAUAAAAAGAAGCCUGUGCUUUCAAUUAAA